ACAGACUCUGGAUUGUUUUGGACAGUCGAUAACAGUUUACUUCUGUGCAGUUGUGAGCUAUUGAAUAUAUCGACUGCACGGAAAGCUGAAAGUUUUUUGUACUUUUGGACUGUAGCUGUUUCGUCUGAUAUAGGAAUGGAUGGAAUAGAAGUUGGACCAAAGUUGUCUGGAACAGAGAUGCGUAAGCAAAAACUGAUGGAGUACUUGGCAUCCAAAGGAAGGCUGAAACCUCCCAAUCCAAAGCCUUAUCUUCGGGAUGACUUGGAUAAUAAAAAGACAAGUACCAGAAGACCACAUCUGGAGAAGGAGAAUCAGGCACCACAUAUCUCAACACAGAAAAAUGGCAUGCAGAAAGCACACUCCUAUAAUCCAACAGCCAAGAUUGUCUCCACACCCAAGGUCCCACAGCAGCCUAUCGCCUCUGUUGUUUUCAAAAGAGCUCCCCUGGCUUCAAGCAAAUGCUUCACAACCCAAACUCGCUCUCUGGUUUCGGGCAGAGUUGUCAAGCAAGAGCCUUUGAAAGCACAGCAGCGUCCAUCAUCUACCCAUGUUGGUGUAGUUCCUAACAGAGUGCAGUCUCUUCAAAAGAAUUCUGGCUCUGCAUGCCAAGCCUCAAAUGACUGUUUGCAGGCUAACAAAGCUCCUUUUCGUAGCUGCAAAACACCUCUGGUCAGCAUACUGCACAACCAUGCAGAGACAAAAACCUUACAGAGAAGAGUUGAGGCACAGAAGAAAUCUCAGCAAACCCUCAAAACUGUGGGGAGAACAAAUAGUGUUGGAGCUAACAGAGAACCUGCACCAAAAGGCUGCACAAACUCCAGGCUGUCACAAGUAACUUCAAAAGACUUGAAAGGGGUAGGGCAAAGACUGGCCUCUAACAACUCCACUAAGUGUAAUGCUAAAUCUGUGAAGGCUCUAGACAACAAAACACAGAAAAGGACAGUAAGCACUUCCAUCUUGUCACGUGGCACCAGUGUUGUCAGCCAGGCUUCAAAGUUGAGGCCUUUGAGUCAAGGAUCUGCUCAAGUGAAAGACAUCUCACGAACAUCCACUUUGCAUUCAGGUGCCCUGAAGGAGAACCAGAAACCCACAGCUCUGGGUAGAAAGACUCUUGUGUCAGUUGUCAGCAAGCCUGCAAAAAGCACAACUGUUUCCAGAACCAGCAACGCCCCAACUUCGUCAAAUGCUCCCCAGACCAAGGCAAGGGCAGGCGGACCCUCAGCAGCCCUGCGACCGAGGAAUGCCAGUACAGCCAAGGUGUCCACCCUCAGUCUGCCUCCCCCUAAAUCUAGGCUGCACUGCAGACCCGCCACCGCACCUGCUGCCAUCACCAAGACUGUUUCACGUCUUGGGAAGAGCACCGGCCCAUUGCUGGUCCCGGACUACCUAAAGACCCCUGCGACGCAAAGCAGGCCUCGCACCGCCAGGCCUGCAACAGAGAUGAAGUCAACUCAGCAGAAGCCCACUGCAGCACAGGAGGAACGGCUGAAGAAACUUCAGGAGUGGCGUGAAGCCAAGGGAAUCUCUUACAAACGUCCCCCUAUGCCCAUCCGAAAGUCGAUGAGGAAGUCCGUGGCGCCACCUCAGCACUACUGGGCGGCCAUGGAGGAGGAGGACGACCUCCACAGCCUGGUGUGUGCCGUGGACCGGUCACUCACUGACUGCCUGCAGCUGCUUGAGGAGGGCUGUCCUUCAGAGCAAGUGGUGGAGGUGCUGUCUCGCGUGCCCAUGGCCCAAAAAUUCUGCAAGUACUGGAUAUGCCAGGUCAGGCUGAUGGAGCGAGAGGGCAACUACGAGGUUCUGCCACUAUUUGAAGAAGCCGUCCGCCUUGUGAGAGAGCCAGUAGACGACCUACGGGCAGUGGUGUUUGGAAUUCUGAAGAAGAAGGAGGCGAAGGGAAAUUUGAUCAAAGCUGCAGGCACAAAGGUCAAGGAGGAGACGUUGGACGAGGAGGAGGGAGCGUCAGCAAUUGCUGUGCAACAACAAGACGUCCUGUGCACUCCCAAGGCCAUGAGCGCUUUUAUCCGUGGUGUGAAAGGAGACUCAUCCGUGGUGAAAUACAAAAUCACAGCCACUCCGGGCGGGCAAAGAAGUCACCAUCAGGAACCCUUGCAUGUGGAUGGGCAGGAAGUCCGCUUCCUUACACCAGUGCGCCGCUCGGUGCGCAUUGAGAGGUCGGCCCCCCGCUACCCGUCAGCAUUGCGGGAACAGGAUCCGUGCGUCGCCUCCUUCCGUGACCUGCUCUCUUCCUCGGCGGUAACAGCGGACUCCACUUCCCCCACCGAGAGGUCCCCGCUCUACAUCUACCGAGAGAACGAAGCCCUUAAAGACCAGGUCCAGGUGCAGCUUUUCCCAGAGGAAAGUUAAUUGGACUCUAUUGGGAAUACGAGGAGAUGGACUGAGAAACUAGGCAUGAACACUCCUAUCAUAUUCAAGGAGAUGAGUUAUACCUGAAUAUGUUUGACUAGAUCAAGAUCCAAAUAUACAGUAUGUGAUAUAAUGAUCUUAAUUGAAAAUUAAAUGUGUGUGUAUAAAGG